AUGAAGUUUCUGGCCUAUCUGUUUACGUUGUUCCUCGCUCUUGUCGUUCUUGCAGAUACACCAGAGCCCCCCCAAGAUCUGGUCAUCCAGACGACGUACAAGCCAGAGGACUGCUCUGUACAAGCGCAGAAGGGCGAUGCCCUCAAGGUGCACUACACCGGAACCCUCUUCUCGAACGGCAACAAGUUCGAUUCCAGUCACGAUCGUAAACAGCCCCUCGCCGUGACUCUUGGCAUGGGUCAAGUAAUCCGAGGCUGGGAUGAAGGUCUGAAGGGCAUGUGCACGAACGAGAAGCGUACGCUUACCAUCCCGCCCAACAUGGCGUAUGGACCUCGUGGAUUUGGAAACGUUAUUCCCCCAAAUUCCGCCCUCGUGUUUGACGUGGAGCUUGUGUCAUUGGAUCCUAAGGGGCCCCGCGAGGAGCUCUGA